AUGGCACGCACCGUCUUGUCUUGCCAGACACCGUCGACAGUAGCACAGCAGUUGUCUGAACUGCUUCAAUGCUUUCCCGCUGCGGCUAUUGGUGGCAUCCAGUGGAAGACACUCCUGAGCAAGUAUGAGGAGCGCUACAGCACACGCCUGGACAUCUUUGGGCUUGGCCACACGUCGCCACUCGCCGCCACCACCACGCUUCUAUGGGACGUCCUGGCCCCAGCGACGAAGGUCCUACGCCUCGUAGACACCGAAGAUGGUGACAAUCCCAUCGUGGCUGUAGAGGACUCGGAAGACGGCCAGCAGGCGAUCCUGGUGUCGCAGCUGAAACCCUUGCUGCAGCGCUACUGGCAUAGCACCUUCGACGAGGGAAGCCUCGGCUACCUCACGGAGGAAGGCUCCGCUGUGAAGAUGAAGAAGAUGAAGCAUCUUCUUCAGGCCUUGCUUCGAUGGCGUUCGCAACGCCUGGCCUGGCAGUCUUGUGGCGGCCGCUCCGGCCGGAACAUGGAUGAGGCACUUUCACAAGAGCUGGAGCUCCUGCCCUCGAAGCGGCACAACGACCUGCUGCUGCGCUUUGCGGGCCCGGGCCCUGAGGCGUUGGCAGAAAAGCCGUGGGCAGCUCUGGGUCAAGUUCUGCCUUGCGCAGGCGAGGAAGAGGAGGUGGGAGAUGCCUUGUCGCCGGAAGUGUCAACUGUGGCUUCAACGACCUCUUCAGCUGUGCAAGAGGAGCUGGCUGCUCUUCGGGCAAAGAACGAGAAGCUUCGGAGCAGGAACAGUGCGUUGGAGAAGAGCGUCCGGGACCAGGACAGCUUCCCAGAGGCGCAGCUGCCGGAGAACCUCUUCGACAACCCCUACGAACCACCGCCUCAGGUCUGGCACGGUGGGUGGAGCUCCGCUUCCUCUCCAACGGCCUCUACGGUGGCCCGAAGCACUUUCAGCGGCAGCGACGGCACGCCUAUGGGCUCUGGCUGCGUGACGCCCGUGCAGCUGGCGCCAGUGGGACAGGCGAUCACACUGGUGCCUAUGGGCCGGAAGCCCAGACAUAGGCAUCAACUUGAGGUUCAGGAUGUAUAUCCGAACCCCUGGGCUUGGGACACUCUGGGCUCAGAAUAG